GAGCCUCAACAACCCCCCCUUUCUUUUUCACAAUCCUUAGUCGAGUUGCUCUAUUUGGGCGUUCGCCUGUGAGAAGCUAUCGUUUUUGGGUGCUACAGUAUACUGGUCGAGAAUCCCGGUGAUCGGAAGACCCCGCUGCAAAAUAAUAGCCCCAUAUUAGCACUCCCCAAGGUGCCACAGGUCUCGAGCAAUCUCAUUCGAUCAUUGAGUCUUGGUUGACGCGACACGAUGCAUAUCCGAGAAAAGCUCGCGAGCAAGGAGGCUGCGGGGGAGCCCAGCAUCUCCUUCGAGUUCUUUCCUCCCAAGACCGCUCAGGGUGUGCAGAACCUUUAUGACCGAAUGGAUCGCAUGCACAGCCUGGGUCCCUCAUUCAUCGAUAUUACAUGGGGCGCGGGUGGUCAUCUCUCUGACCUGACCUGUGAGAUGGUCGGUGUGGCUCAAUCGGUCUAUGGUUUGGAGACAUGCAUGCACCUGACCUGCACUGAUAUGCCCCUCGAGAAGGUGGACCAGGCUCUCCAGGCUGCCUACAAGGCUGGCUGCACCAACAUCCUGGCCCUGCGAGGUGACCCGCCUCGAGACAAGGAGACAUGGGAGGCCACAGAGAAUGGAUUCCGAUAUGCGAAGGACUUGGUGAAGUACAUCCGCGAGAAAUACGGCAAUCACUUCGACAUUGGCGUGGGAGGCUAUCCGGAAGGUGCCGAUGAUAACUCGGAUGUGGAUCUCUUGAUCGAUCAUCUAAAGGAGAAAGUGGAUGCCGGUAGCACUUUCGUCAUUACGCAGAUGUUCUACGAUGUAGACCUUUUCAUUGAAUGGGUCAAGAAGUGCCGAGCCAAGGGCAUCACUGUGCCAAUCAUCCCCGGUAUCAUGCCCAUCCAGCAAUACGCUUCUUUCAUUCGACGAUCAAACUGGACCAAGGCUCGCGUACCGCCGGAGUGGAUGGAAGCCCUGGAGCCUGUCAAGAACGACGAUGCCGCCGUGAGAGAAAUUGGCAAGCGUCUGAUUGCGGACAUGUGUCGCAAGUUGAUGGCUUUCGGCCUCAACCAUUUGCACUUCUACACAAUGAACUUGGCGCAGGCAACAAAACUCGUUCUGGAGGAGCUGGGUCUCGCUCCCUCCGAAGAAGCCCCCAUCCAGCGCGCUCUGCCUUGGCGGCCGUCCCUUGCCCUGGGCCGGAGAACCGAAGAUGUGCGACCGGUCUUCUGGCGCAACCGGAAGUCUUCAUAUGUUGCCCGUACACAAACAUGGGACGAGUACCCGAACGGUCGCUGGACCGAUUCUCGAUCGCCAGCGUUUGGUGAGGUUGAUGCGUAUGGUGUUCGGCUCAAGGGAACCAACGAGCAGAACAUCAAGUUGUGGGGCGAACCCAAGUCCAUCAAGGAUCUCUCCGAAAUUUUCAUUCGCUUCUUGGAGGGCAAGUUGGACCGACUUCCCUGGAGUGACAGCCCAAUCAGCGCCGAGGCUCUUGACAUCAAAGAUCACUUGGUCAACUUGAACCAAAGAGGUUUCUUGACCAUCAACUCCCAACCUGCUGUCAACGGUGUCAAGUCCUCUCACCCGAUCUAUGGAUGGGGUCCUAAGAACGAAAGCCUACCUGGAACUCCUUGUUCCCCCUCCCUGAUCGAUGAGCUCACCGCUCGUAUCGAGAAGAACGAUGACCUGACAUACCACGCCAUCCGGAAGAAUGGCGAGCUACGAACCAACACUCACGACAGCCCGAACGCACUGACCUGGGGUAUCUUCGCCGGACGUGAAAUCAUUCAACCCACCAUCGUCGAAACGAUCAGUUUCUUGGCCUGGAAGGACGAGGCCUACCGGUUGGGUGAAGACUGGUCCAAGUGCCACGAUUCCGCAAGCCCAAGUCGAAAGUUGAUUCAGCAGGUCAUGGAUGACUGGUACCUGGUCAACAUUGUCGACAACGACUUCCACCGAAACAAUGCCGUCUUCGAAUUGUUCAACGACCUCGAAGUCAAGGAUCUCAACGUCGAGCUACUCCCCGGCAAGCCGGAGACCAACGGCUCCGCAGAGCAAAACGGAGCUGCGACCAAAAACUAAAAAAGCAUCAUCAUUUCAUUCUCACUGAACUCGAUCCUUGGAUCCAUCAAGGAGUUCACCCUUUCAACCCUUGUCAACACUACUUACGACGAUUACUACCUAAUUCAACAUCACCUUAUCUCAACGAUACUCAACGAUUUUUAGUCCCGAAAGGAAUCAUCCAACACCGAAUUCCGGGCCCUCCUGCAAUGUGUCAUGGCGUUACGAUUGAAGACCUCUCAACGAUUUCUUCCUGAGCGUUCACUUUUGUUUUCUCAUUUCAACAUCCGACAUUCCCUGUACCGAUACCCCGUCUCUUUAACACCGACGCUUCAUCGCUCAGUCUUCUUCAUUUCCUCGCUUCUCACCACCCUCCACAAGCCCGGUGCCUGUGUUCUUGGGGGCAGCCUGCCAUCUAUUCCCUAAUGGAGGCUGAAAGGGGAAGAAGACCUACAAAAAUUUCAACAUAAUCCAGCUUCCCCGUGAGCUAUUUUUCUUCAUCUUCAUUUUCUUGCCUGUGUGUUUCUGAUAUAGAUCGUGACGAGAACGAGACCCCAUCGUUGUCGGCUCCAACAAGUUCCGGAUUUUCUUUCUUCAAGUAGCGGUGCUUCUCAUUUUCUCAUUUUCCCCUUCUCCACUUUUUUGUCUUGUUCUCCCCAUGCUGGACACCUUUUUCUCUGGCUCGAUUGACAUUCCCGCUCCGCAUGUUUUGGAUAAAGGUUUCUUCAACACGGGGGUGAUGGAGUUCUCUACUGGGCGAGUGCCUACACCUGUCUUCCAUAAGACUAAAUUGAUCAGAAAGAGCAAUAAAAAGUCAAGUUGCCCCUACCUUCAACACGGGGAACUUUGGCACUUUUGUGCACUUCCUGUUGAACUGUAGAUAGUCUAAUCAAGGCUGAUUAGAAGUGUAUCCUGAACCUUCCUGAUCUGACAUUACAGGAGGUAAGCAAAGAAAUAUGCAAU